GCGCAGCUAUAAAUACGUUCCCGUCUUAUCAAUAAAGCAUUCUUCUUGUAGCCACGACCGUGUGCAUUACGCCCGAUACAUGGUGUCAGAAGUGGGAUCGCUCACGGGACCAUGACCGACCUGCGCCCGCCUGAGCCACUGCGAGUGGGCGACAACGCUGCAGCGUCCUGGCAGACAUUCAAGCAACGCAUCGAGCUGUACCUGAUAGCAACUGAGCCCACGAAGCCACGCAGUAAGGAGCAGAAAGCUGCAAUUUUUUUGCAUGUUGCGGGUCAAGAAGCAAUUGACGUGUUUAAUACUCUGAACCUAUCACCAGAGGAAGCUAAAGACUACGACGUUUUGGUUAAAGCAUUUGAAAACUACUGCUUGCCUAAGUGUAAUGAAACUUAUGAGCGAUAUGUGUUUCGCUCGCGUCGUCAGGCCCACGGUGAGCCAUUCGAACAGUUCUUUCGGGAUCUGCAACUAAAAGCAAGAACGUGCAACUUCGGAGAUUUACGAAAUUCCAUGCUGCGGGAUCAAAUUGUCUAUGGCAUUUGCAGCUCUUCCCUGCGAGAAAAGCUCCUUCGAAAGAAAGACCUGACCCUAGCCACAGCGGUGGAAUGCUGCAAAGCUGAGGAACUUGCCGAAUCGCAAAAUAGGGCGUGGACGGAGGAAAACAAGAUUGAACCUGUAUUACGAACGCAAGCUAAACACGGACGCCAAAAAUGCCGGUAUUGCAACUUUUCGCAUGUGCCAAGGAAGUGUCCGGCGUACGGCAAAACAUGCAACAAGUGCACGAAGCCUAAUCACUUUGCCGCCUGCUGUACGGGCAAGCGAGCAGCCGUUGAUGACGUGGUCGAAGGAGCGGAGAGUGAUAAUGACUUCGACGUUCUGGAGAUCAGGACGACGGAAAGCAAGCGUGGUCCCGAAAGUCGCGACUGGAUUGUAACAACGAGCAUUGAAGGAACUGACGUGCAGCUUAAGGUCGACACGGGAGCACAGGCUAACUUGUUGCCGCGUUCGCUGUUCAAAAGGCUCGGAACUAGACAGCAGCCGUACCCCACGAGGAGCAUCCUGCGCCAUUACGGGGGCGGCGAAAUACCGCACAGUGGAAAAGUUCGCCUCGCCGUGCAGUUAGGCAAACGGCGUGUGCUGCUUGAGUUCUUCAUAGUAAAGAAGAAGCAAGCUAUUCUGGGCCUCGGGGCAAGUGAGCAACUUGGUCUGGUCAACAGAGUGAACUCGGUGGGCAGCAGCGAGACAUACGGAAGCCUAAAGCAGGCAUUCCCAAGGCUAUUCACGGGCAUAGGCAGGACGCGGCGCGAGUACAAAAUGGUGCUCCGGAAGGACGCUGUCCCUGUGGUUCAGCCAACCCGGCGUGUGCCUUACGCCCUCAAGAAGCCGCUUAAGAAAGAACUUGACCGGAUGAAUGCUGCGAACAUCAUCGAGAAGGUGGAAGAACCGUCAGACUGGUAUGUUCCAGGCAGCCAAUUGGUUGUUGCCGACACCCUGUCACGAAUCCCAUCGCAGAAACAACCAGAAAAAGGCUCAACGGACGUUGAAGUUCAUGCCGUGGGCGUUCUGACUGCCGUUGUUGGACCAGCCACCCUAUCUCGUCUGCAGGCAGCAACGGCCAGUGAUGCAACGGCGCAAGACGUCAUUUCCAGCCUGCAGUCGUCAAUACCUGUAGAAGGUGAGCUAAAGUCCUUCGCACAAGAACUUUCUGUAGUCAACGGAGUUCUCCUCAAGGAAACUAAAGUAGUCGUACCUGCAAGCAUGCGAACAGAGAUGCUGCGACGAGUGCACCAAGGGCAUCUCGGCUUAGGAAAAUCCAAAUCGAGGGCUCGCAAGUUGAUGUAUUGGCCAGGAAUGUCAACAGAUAUUGCCCACUUCAUUGACAGGUGUGACGUUUGCAAGAAGUUUGCGUAUCGACAGCCUGACGAGCCCCUGUGCCAACGCACCGUUCCAGACAUGCCAUGGGUGAGGGUUGGUACAGAUCUUUUUCAACACGCCGGAAAGCAUUAUUUAGUUGUCUAUGACGCCUACUCUAAUUUUCCAGAAGUCGAGCAUCUCAAGGAUACCUCUGCAACGACUGUCAUCCAUAAACUACGUCAGAUCUUUGCAAGGCAUGGAUUACCACUAGAAGUUUGCAGUGAUGGCGGCCCGCAGUUCACGUCAAAAGAGUUUGAAGAUUUUGCGGCUCGUUAUGACUUUGUGCAUACGAUUUCCAGUCCCUAUUUUCCCAGGUCCAAUGGACUCGCCGAGAAGGGCGUACAAGUGGUCAAGCGGCUUCUUGGCAAGACUGAGAGCAAGAAAGAGGACUUCUAUUUGGGCCUUCUCAAUCACAGGGUGUGUCCUCUCGAGGAUGGCCGAUCACCAUCGGAACUGCUAAUGGGACGAAGUCUCAGAACGCUAGUUCCAGAUUUUUCAGCGUCAUCAUCAGAUCCCGUCCAAAAACAUGUCCAAGCAAGGACCACAGGAAGAACACUAACUCCACUACAGAAGGGAGACGUCGUCCGCAUCCUCGGAAAUGGUAGAUGGGAAAUCAAGGCGCAAGUCCAAGAUCUCGUGGCCCCAAGGUCGUACACCGUUCUGACAGAGGAUGGCCGGGUUUUCCGUCGAAAUAGACAGCACCUUCGCAAAACAUCGGAAGCGUUCCAUCGAGCCAUCCAUUACCAGGCGGACGACUGCGACGACACCCCUGACUCAUCUUCGAGCGCAGCCUCGCAGCAGCCGGCUGAACCUUCGCAGGCCGCACCGGAUCGACCACCAGCAGGCACACCCGGCCCACCUAACAUCCCAGAUUUACUAAGGCGAUCUACCAGACCGCGAAGACCACCAGAUCGCCUGGCCUACACGCACGGAUUCCGGCAGACUGAAACAACCUAGGAGUGUUGACUGCUACUCUUCGAUGUUGAGUGCUUUCUGUGUUUUCAGUGUUUCCAUUCUUCGAAGAAAGGAGGAUGCAACGGCCAACCAAGAUAGCAACACUGUGCAAACGAAGAGAGCAGCGCAGCUAUAAAUACGUUCCCGUCUUAUCAAUAAAGCAUUCUUCUUGUAGCCACGACCGUGUGCAUUACGCCCGAUACACUUCCGUUCCUUGCACACCUGAUCACGCCUAUCCUGCUCAUAUUCCCAUCGUCACAAUUCGCACGAUAACCGAAGCAGAUGACGAAGCGCGGUCCGACUUGUGAUAUUGUUGAGCGAGUGGCAACGGUGAGUGGAUGCGAGCCCGCACUUCGUCAGAUUUGAAAUUUACAAAAAGAGAAAUAAAAAUAACUAAACAGAAGGGAGAGCUGCUUACCGUUCAUUGAAAUUUUAUUGUUUCUUAGAACUUCUGAAUGACAAGAAAUGUGAACAUUCACAUCUAUUUUACUUGGUUCUGCGAGAUCUUGGGAUGCCUCACAACCGCUAGAAGCGCGCUUGUUCCUUGAAACACAGACUAGCACUCGCCCUUGGCUUAUUUAUGAGAAACGUGUUAUUAUAGCAGUGAACGCGUGCCAUUUAUCAGCUAUAGAAUGCUCACCCUUAUUUUUGUGCCUUUUACGAUUAAUAAACUUGCCUACAUUUUA